AUGGCCGCGGCACAAACAAUUCCCUACGUUACCCUAGACGUCUUCACCAAGGACGUCUUCAAGGGGAAUCCGCUGGGCGUUGUCUUCCUCCCAACCCCAACAGCCCUAACUCAGACACAGAAGCAACUCAUCUCUAAAGAGUUCAAUUACUCAGAAACAAUCUUUGUGCAUCCAAUUGACAAACAAAACUCGCCAAGUCAGCGAAGAAUCGACAUCUUCACUACCAAGCAAGAACUUCCAUUCGCAGGACACCCGACUGUUGGCGCUGCAUCGUGGAUUCUAUAUCUUUCUCCCGAUGCCUCAGUGCAACAUGUGAAUACCAUCCUGACUAAAGCCGGCCCGAUUCCGAUCUCGCUGAAGCCAUCGGGUGAUGAGGUUACGGCUCUGAUCCCUCAUGAUGUAAGAAUUCAUCAGAAAAGGUUCCCUGCGGAAGAGCUAUUACGCCUCCAUCCUUCACUCAAGCCGUUUCUUUCAAACGGCUCCGUUGCCGAAGAGGCGCAGCAGGGAUUUCCCAUCGUGUCCAUUGUCAAGGGCAUGGCGCAGGUGCAUGUUCAACUACCAAGUCUGGAGGCCCUUGCUGCUGUUACAGCGGCUUCGGGGGGAGAGUUUGUGGCCGACGACGAUGUGAGUCAGGGCGGCUACUUGGAUGACGGAUGGGGUGGACGCGGCCUUGUGGUAAUAUAUUUCCAUGUCAGGGACGUCGUGGAUGAAGUCACAGGCAAGACGGUUAUCAGGACAAGGAUGUUGCUUGAGUCAGAGGAAGACCCGGCAACGGGGAGUGCAGCAAGCGGUUUGGUGGCAUACCUGGCUUUGAGCGAUGCUUCUAAGGGAGCAAAGGCUGAUCGCUAUCAAGACUUUUACGUUGUGCAGGGCGUAGAAAUGGGCCGAAGAAGUGAUAUUGGUCUGCGAGUCGGUUUGAAAUCUGACGGUACGGGGAUUGAGUCGGUAGAGCUGAGUGGAAGCUCGGUGAAAGUCGCAGAGGGAGAAAUAAGAGUAUAG